GGAGAGGCUAAAUGAGUGCACCCCUAAUACAGUAGGGUGGGGUGCGGUGGUUGGGGGGGGGGGAAGAUGCGACUUUUUGUUUAAUGGAGUGCGGCGCUCAAUAAGGGUCGCUUGUGCCCACAGGUCCCCCGUGCUAUUCCUUUUGAGUCCAGCGGCGGCGCUGCCGCGCAAGAAAAUCCACACGGGAAAAAAAAAAACCCCGCUGCGCUCCCCACGCGCGAUCGCUUUCCAUUCUUCCCACGCGCAAUAUACGCUUUCCGUGCACGGCUUGGGGAGGCAGGCAGAUAUGCGAGGUGGAAGGAAAUGGGUAUCUCAGGUGGGUCUCUUGCGGGUGGGGUGUAAAGUAGGGGCAGGGAGAUUGUCGGUUGGGAAGAGAAGCCGGAUACUUCCGAGUAAACAGACAUAGGAUCGCGCUGCACGCGAGUCCCCUGGAUUGCGACGGCUCUUUCUCCGGAGCCAACGUGCACAAGGUUGCAAUUGUUAUUUUUUUGGCGGGGGGUGGAAUAAAUGCAAGCUGUCAAAAACCGUGUAUAGAGUUUGCAAUUGCUGUGCACGUUGACUUCGGAGUCCCGAAGCCGGAUCCGGGCCACGUUUUACUCGGAAGUAAGCCCCACCCCCCGCCGUGCUCCACGGCGCUUCCUUCUUUCCGGGUAAGUAAGGGCAGCUUGGCAGGCGAGGAAUCGCCCGCCGCUUUGGCAAGGAGCCCGGCUGGAGACAGCACGACGCCUCUACUCCCGAGCAAGAGGGCUGCGGUCCCUCCUAACCCGACCUCGGGAGCCACCCGCAGCGAGAUUCCUUGGAGCGGAUCCGGCCUGCCCCCGCCCGCUUUCCCGUUCCCACGUGCGGGUCGUGCAGGUCUCGGAGCGGGGGUCUGUUGGCUGGCGGCGCGGAUAGAAGGCAGGCGCGGAAGGGAGCGCGGCGGCCCGCAGUUACUCACGGCGCUUACGAGGGAAGCACCGACCAGGCUCCCUCCGGCGCAGCCAGCCUAGCGCAGGGCUCCGAUCCGUGGCGCGCUUACUCCGGAGUAAGCCCCGUCGAACUGGCGUGCCGUGGAAUCGGUUUGCAAACGGCUUGCAGCAGCCCGCUCCCCGUCUCUCCCCCCUGCUCUUCUUUUUCUUAUUUUUGAGGAGCGGGGAGGGAUCAGAGCCCCCCUCUCCAAAUUUCACCGCUUCUUCCCCCCCCCCCCCCGUUCCCAGCCCUCAGAUGCCUCUGCAAAGCUCUCUCACACACACCCUCCCAAAGCAAACGCGGGAUUUACUCACGAAAGCAAGGGUUCUUGGGCGAGAUGUUUGCACCACCCAGAGACAUGAAAUGGCAGGAUUCUGAGCUGCGGAGAGUGAAUAGGCUUUUCCUGCAAAACUACCCUUCCCAGGCGGCCCCGCAAGCCCUGACAUUUAAACCGGGUUGGGGAUAAACGCAUUUGUGACCUAGGCGCGCCUUGUGCAAAAGGGACAGUUCAGGGAGCUGGCCAGACACAAGUUGUUCCUCUCCCUCGUGGGAAUCGGCUCUAGUGUAGGUGGUUGGUGAGUGGCAGAUAUGGAGUAGCGGGAAAACAUCAUCGAGUUGGGCAGAAGAACCCAUUUCAUCCAUACUUACCGCUGAGUUUAGAGGCCCACUACAAUUUACAGAGUUGGUUUGCAAAGAAUUACAUAGGGUUGUACCCAGUGCUGGUCUUAAGAGUAGACCCAUUGCCGUUAUUGGACCUGACAUACUUAGGUUCUUUGAUUCCAGUGGGUCAGCUCUAGCAUUGAAUCCAGCCCACGAUAGGAACAAAGGAAGCUGCCUUAUAUUCAGUCAGACCAAUUGUGUGCUGUUGUCUAGACACUGGCAGGCAGCAGCUUUCCAAGGUUGCAGGCAGAGAGUCUCCCACAGGGCAUGCAAUGCUCUAAGUUGCAGCUGCUCAAAAGCUCUUCUGAGUGCUUGCCUUGCCUAGCCAUCUGGGUGGCUUUUUAAAAAAACAAGGGAUGAACUUAUUUACUGAUUACAUUUAUAUCCAACCCUCUCUCCUGGUAACGCCAGGUGGCAGGCACGAUUCUCCGCCUCCUCCUUUAACCCCCACAGCAACCCUAAGCUAAGAAGCAGUGACUAGCCCAAGGUGAACUUCAUGGCUGAACGAGGAUUUGAACCCAGGUCUCCCGGGUCCAAGUCCAACACUCUAACAACUACUGUAUACCACACUGGCUUCCGGGUAUUGCUGGGCUCUCAUCAGCCUCAGCAGCAGGGCCAGUGGUAAGGGGUGAUGUACAUUGGAGGUCCCAGAGCAUUUGAAUGGACACAGGUUCUUCACCCCUCCUUUAGACAGUGACCCUUGAUUCCGGAAUUCCGUUCUGCAUGUUUGCAACACUUUGAGCCGGCCAAUCUUCUAGAAGCCAUAUAAGUUUUUGGUUUUUCAGAAAGGGGCGUCACGCCCAGUGGUUGUGGGACGGGUACCACCAGCGUAAGUGGGGGCUAGGCUACACCAGGAUUCAAAUCCCCUCUCCACCAUGAAGCCCACUGAGCCAGUCUUCUGUCUCUUAGCCGAACCUACCUCACAGGGUGGUUGUUGUGAAGCUAAAAUGGAGAAGAAAUGUGUACUUUUUGAGCUCAGAGGAAAGGUGGGAUAUAAAUGUCGCUGUAACCAAAUUACUACUGCUCUGUGGUGCAGCUGGGUAAUUUAAUACUGUACUUUGGACUUACACAGGGGCUCACCUCUUUAGAUAAAAUGUAUAAAUUUACUCGAGUCUUACUGCACCAUUGCAUGUAAUGCACACCUAAAUUUUCAGAACCUUGAAACCAAAAAAGGUAUUUGCUGGCGAAUGUAAAUGUACUGUCGAAUCUAAUGCACACCUUAAUUUUCGCGACGUAAUUUGGCCAAAAAAGGUGAGCAUUAGAUUCGAGUGAAUACGAUACUACUCCACCAAAAUGUAGUAAAGCAACCUUGCUGUUUGUGUGUAUGCAAAUUUCCUAAAAUUCUAGCCUGAUGGCAGCAUUCCCGCAUCAUGACUGCACUCAAUGUAAGCAAGGCUGCACAGAAUCUUGAAGCAACACAGUCUGGGGUUUUUUGGGGGCGUGGGGGGUGGUACUUCCACCCAAUAAGGCAAGCUAGCACUGAAAAUAGUAGUGAGUUCCAGUAAAAGAAAGGCCUCUCGUUUUCCUUUUCCCCUGGCACAAGAUACCUUCCUUAAAAUAAAAAUAAAAAAUACUGCCACUGAUUAUAUACAUUUAGGCAUUUUGCAGCGGAAUGGCACGGUCUCAGAUGGUGCCAGAUGCACAAGAAUUACCCAGGUUUCUCCCCCUGCUCUGUUUCCCAAACCUCUGCAGGGGAAUAAAAUUGUUGCAGCUUCUCAUCUGGCAAACUUAUUCUAGGAAUCUUCAGUGCUGUUUGUCAGGGCAGGACACUGGGCAGGUGCCUGUGGUCCCCUAAGCAGAAUGAGCAGGUGCCCCCCACCGCAAAAAAAACAUAUCGGGGCUCACUGACCUUCCCUGGAAAUCAAUCUGUAACGCAUUACUACCUAAGGACCUCUCCGUUUCCUGCAAACUGCCCUGCCCAGUUAAGACCAUUAAAUCAAGACUCUAACAUUAUGUAGCUGCAGCACUGUAUGUUGUUGGCUGAAACUUGAUGCUUCUGUUUUCUCAGGACAGGUAUCACUUGUUUGGCUGUUUAAUACAUAGCACUUGCACAGCACAUUUUGAGCUUUGUGGAAGACCUUCACAUUUGCUCUCCUAGGCAAGCUUCACAACAGCCCUGUAAUGUAGACUGGUAUCAUUCUUCCCCUCCCGUGAAUGGGAAUGAUAAAGACAGACUAACGCUGUGUACACACCGUACGUUUAAAGCACAUCUCCCACCGCCCAAGAAUCCUGGGAACUGUAGAUUGUUAAGGGUGCUAGGAAUUGUAUCUCUCUGAGGGGUAAGCCAUAGUUCCCAGGGGUCUUGGUGUGUGCUUUCAAUGUGCUUACACAGCCUCUAAGCAUGAGCUAGAGUAAGCAGGUGGAACCAUGGCAAAGGCGAGGUUUGAAUUAGGGACACUCCAGUUGCAAGGAAUUCACAGCCAGACAGCAUAAGCACAUGCCACUGGGAUAGCUCAGUCAAUAGAGCACGCUACUCUUAAUUUCAAGGUUGUGGGUUUGAGCCCCACAAUGGGCAAAAGAUUCUUGCAUUGCAGGGGGUUGCAGUAGACAACCCUUGUUGUCCCUUCCAGGACUCCAGGAUUCUGUCAUUCUAUGCAUGUCUGCUAGGGAUGCGGGUGGUGCUGUGGGUUAAACCACAGAGCCUAGGACUUGCUGACCAGAAGGUUGGCGGUUCGAAUCCCCGCGACGGGGUGAGCUCCCGUUGCUCGGUCCCUGCUCCUGCCAACCUAGCAGUUCGAAAGCACCUCAAAGUGCAAGUAGAUAAAUAGGUACUUCUUCGGCGGGAAGGUAAACGGCAUUUCUGUGCACUGCUCUGGUUUGCCAGAAGCGGCUUAGUCAUGCUGGCCACAUGACCCGGAAGCUGUACGCCGGCUCCCUCGGCCAAUAAAGCGAGAUGAGCGUCGCAACCCCAGAGUUGGCCAUGACUGGACCUAAUGGUCAGGGGUCCCUUUACCUUUACCUAUGCAUGUCUGCUAGGAAGUAGGUCUCACUUUGUUCACUGCGGCUGCCUCCAAGGUAAGCCCGCACAGGAUUGCACCAUUAAUAACGACUGUCUACUGUUGGGACGAGUGCUAGUUGUAUCUGUAUAAGUGCAGCGCUCACUUCCUGCUCUUUAAUGACCAGCUGUAUUUUGUUGUUUAAUGACUUUGGGUAUUUAUUUAUCAAGACAAAUACACCACUUAAUUUUUUUUAAAAAAAAAAUCUCUUGAGCAGUUCACAUAAAAUGAUAUAAAUAUUAGUUUAAAGUAGCAAUAGAAACAGAUAGCGUAUUAGUGGUGGAUUUAUACUGGGCUGUCCGCACGUCAUUCUGCUUGGGGGAAGAACCACAAGUAGCAAUGGGACAUGCACCGAUCUGAAAUGAAGCAGUGCGCCCUGAAAGCAGGAUUGCGCAUAACUGCCCCAUAUUGAGCACAAAGUGUUAUGAAUGCAGAAUUAAAUAGACGUGCCCAUGAAGCCUUGGAUCACAGUAUAACCAAGGCUCUUGGUUACUAUAAGAAAAAAUAGGGUGCAAAAUAUCGGGGUGUAGCCCAUGGCUGUAGCCAGGAUUUUUGUUGGGGGGGCCAGGACUUUUGUUGUGGGGGGAGGGGCAGAACCAACGUGAUUGGUCAGUUAUGUAUUUCUAUUGUUUUACUUGAUGGGGGGGGUAGCUGCCCCCCUGCCCCCUCCUGGCUACGCCAGUGGUGUAGCCAACUCCGGUCCCUAUUCAGACUGUAAGUUAACCCAUUGACAUUAACGGACAUGGCGCAACUCAUUUAGGGUUAUUGAUUUCAGGAGGCCCACUCGGAGCAGAACUUUGUUGGAGACACCACAUUAGUUCUGCAGUAAGCUUCUAGGAUAAUCUUCCAGCCUUAAAAUUCUACUUGCGUCUCCCCAGUCGUGCUGAAAUGUGUUCUCCUCUCUGCCAUCGCCCUCCCUGUGAGAAUCAAAUGGGAGGGUGCCCAAAACUGAGUUGCUGUUAUGUGAACGGGAACUCAUACUGGGUCAUGACAGGGCCAUCAGGCAUGACAAAAAGAUACUGAGCGCCCUCCCUGCGGUGUGUGUCGGGGGGGCGGCAGAUUCUUCAGACUUACUGACCAGAAUGGAAUGAGACCUCCUUGAGUGUAAUCUGGACUUAAUAGGUUUAUCGAACUCUAAACUCAUGUUGGGGGAAGCUUUAUUUGACAAAUGUUUGACAACAUGCGUUCUAUCAGGAAGUGUUUACAAAUUAAGGAAUGGUUGCAAGGCCAUCAAUAAUAUAUUCAGAGAGAUAUACUGACAUCAAGUUUUCCUUUUUUAAAAAAAUGGUUUCGAUCAUUCCACUCAUCCAACAGUCUGCCAUUGACCCCCUCUUUCUAAAGUAUUUAUAUGUUAUCCAUGAAAGUCUGAUAAAUGUUCACACAAAUACAGUUUUUAGUAUAAGGGAAUGAUGGUGAACAUUUAACAGUGCAGUCCUAACUACAUAUAAUCAGAAGCAAGCCCCAAUGAAGUCAGUGGAGCUUACUCCCAGGUAAGUAGAGUUGGAAUUGCAGCCAAGACAGUAAGCCCCAAAGUGGCGUUGCAAACUAAGUGGGAUUUACUUCAGAGUAUUAUUAUUCUUAAUAAUAAAUUGCUAUUCUUUAUAUACUGCUUAAUGGAAAAGUAGGCGCCUAGGUAGUUUGAUGAUAAAAGCCAAUUACACUAACUUAAAAUUGCAGGUAUAAAAACCAAUAAUGCAAACAUUAAAAUGUAAACAUACACAAUGUGUUUCUAAUGUUGUACACCACCCUGUGAUCUUUUGAUAAAGAGUGCUAUGUAAAGUGUAAUAAGAACAAGAAUAAAUUCUAUGUUGUGCUCAAGCUGAUGUAAAAAAUCCAAUUAAAACAUGCAAAGGCUCAAACCGCAUUUUAAGGCCUUUCCCCUUACAAGUUUAUUUUGACUUCCUGUUUUGUAAUUCAGCAUGACUUUCAGCUUCCUCCUACCCAGAGGUAAGUAAACCCUAUAAAGGAGGAAAUAUUUAAAGGUAGUGUGGUCAGGAUUAGAACCCAAGUCCCCCAAUUCCUAAAGUGUAGAAUCACUUGCUUAAGCAAUUUAUGACUCCAAGCUGGUAAACCCUAAACUCACCUUUUACUUUUCAGAAUAUAAAAUCCUAUUGUUAAAUUGGUUCUUUUAGGAAAACCAAAGGUCUAUCAAGGUGUCCGAGUCAAGAUUACAGUGAAGGAGCUUCUGCAGCAGAGAAGAGCCAAGCAGGCUGUGGCCGAUGAAGCCGUAAGCACCUCCUCCUCUUCCCACAGUUGUGGCCAAUUGCAUCAUAAUAAUAAACAACUUGUUAUUUUCUUCCUUUCAAUUAGUGACGUGGCCUGCACCAUGCCACUUGGUUGUGCAACACUUGAACAUGUGUGAACUAGAACCUGGGAUCUUGAAACAGCUGUUCCCACAUAGCACCACUUCAGAUUGAAGGGGCGAUGCAUUUGAAUCCUUUCCUACCAAACACCAAACCCUGCAUGUAGAAAACUAGCUUGUCAGUGAGAAAUGUGGGGCUCAGAACCCUUCUCCCUAGCAUAUUAGCUUUCUAUUGCAAGGAUUAAAAUAUAUGCAAGAGUAUUCACCAUUGUCACCCUCCGCUUGCAGUUUGAAGCGGUGCAGUCCAGGAACAGUUUAUUGCUCGUUUAGACUGGGUCUGACUAUAGAAGAAACAUUAUACUGGAGCUGAUGCAAAGCCGUAUGGAAGUCUUCCUGCAGUAGUUCAUUCAUACAUACAGUGGUACCUCGGGUUACAUACGCUUCAAGUUACAGACUCCGCUAACCCAGAAAUAGUACCUCAGGUUAAGAACUUUGCUUCAGGAUGAGAACAUAAAUCGUGUUCCGGCGGCAUGGCGGCAGCGGGCGGCCCCAUUAGCUAAAGUGGUGCUUCAGGUUAAGAACAGUUUCAGGUUAAGAACGGACUUCCGGAACGAAUUAAGUACUUAACCCGAGGUACCACUGUAUUGGUGAAAAUAACAUACAAAAUGCAUUCUGUUAGGAAGAAAAUGCCUUGCAAAAAAUGUGGCUAUUAGGCAGAACUGCUUCUGCCAACCUAGCAGUUCGAAAGCACGUCAAAGUGCAAGUAGAUAAAUAGGUACCACUCCAGCAGGAAGGUAAACAGUGUUUCCGUGCGCUGCUCUGGUUCGCCAGAAGUGGCUUAGCCAUGCUGGCCACAUGACCCGGAAGCUGUACGCCGGAUCCCUUGGCCAAUAAAGCGAGAUGAGUGCCGCAACCCUAGAGUUGGUCAUGACUGGACCUAACAGUCAGGGGUCCCUUUACCUUUACCUUUAGGCAGAACUGCAUGCAAACAUUAAUAUUAGGAGAAAUUCAUGCUCAUAUGUCGAUGAAUUAAGUACUUAACCCGAGGUACCACUGUACUACCAAUCACCCCUCAAGCAUUGAACCUUUAUCUGUAAACCAGCCAUAAGGUGCCCUCUUUGUUCUCAUAAAUUAAUGCAUGACAUUUUUGACCAGUAUUUUCUGACCAACCAAGUGUUAAAGUGCAAUCAUCAUCUGGGGACGUUCUUUGUGUGCCUCCUCCAUGAGAGGUCUGGAGGGUGGCAACAUGAGAACCAGCCUUCUCUGUGGUGGCUCCCUGUCUGUGGAAUUCUCUCCCCAGGGAGGCUCACCUGGUGCUUUCAUUAGACACCUUUAGGCACCAGGCGAAAAGUUCCUUUUCAAUUGACAUUAGCAUUCUAUGGCCUUUAAAAUGUGUUUGUGGGAGGAGGGCUAUUGGUUUGUUUUUGUGUUCUUACGCCUUUUGAGUUCGCCUUUUGUACUUUUAUGUUGUGGACUGCCCUGUGGUCUUCAGAGGAUGGGCGGCAUGCAAAUUUAACAAAUGAUAAGAAUGAAAGCCUAAUCUGCUAAUUUUAGCAUAAGAACAUGGGAAGCUGUAUUAUGCAGAGACCAUUAGUCCAUCUGACUUAGCACUGUCUACAAUAAAUGGCAGUGGUCCUCCAGAUUCGCAGCCGUAUCUGGAGAUACAGGGAGACUUCUGCAUGCAACACUUGGGCUCUAACAUCUCAAUCAGAGGACCUUCCCUUUCUGUGGGUGGUUUGCAGAAAGUGGAAGUUUUUGGUCCAGAAGAAAGAGGCAGAAGGGGGUGAAUUCAAUGCUGAAGGACUGCUCCACACACACCAGUCUGGAUGUGGCACCACAAGUCAGCUUUUGCAAUGCAUAAACUGGAGGUGGAAUUUUUCGCGACUGUGCUUGAAUUUCUGCUGAGUUGAUACUCCAAAGCAUCAGGGAGGGUUAUGACACAGAGACCUGGGCGUUUCUGUCACCCUCUGAUGCCUCCACUCUGGAUGUUAGGCCAACGCAAGAUUCCAGGUUACACCCAUCCCUGUUUCGCAAUUUAAACCAUGGGUAGUCUUACAUGGUCUCUCUCUUUUUUAAAAAAGCUACAAUUCCCAUUUUCUAAUGGUGCGGGUAGGGUGGGGAGGCUAUAGCUCAGUGCUGCAACACCUCCUUCGCAUGCAGAAGGACCCAGGUUCCAAUCCCUGGCAUCACGAUCCGAAAGAAUCAGGCAGCAGCUGAUGUGAAAAGGUUUGUGUCCGAGACUCUGGAGAGGCGCUGCCAGUCAGAGUGGGCAAUAGUGAGCUAGAUAGGCAAAUAGUUUGACCUUACAUAAUGUAGUUUCCUGUGUUAUCAUUUGUUAAAUUUACAAAGCAAGAGUGCGUAGACUUUUGAGUUUCCAACAUUUAUCAUCUUUGGAGUAGACCCAUUGAAAUUAAUGGACGUGGGUCGUUUAGAUCUGUUCAUCUGAUGAGAGGAAUUUAUUAGGGUGCAGCCUGUAAUCUCUUAAGAGUUAAGGUGUAGCUAAAAAAGGUAAAGGGACCCCUGACCAUUAGGUCCAGUCAUGGAAGACUAUGGUUGCGGCGCUCAUCUCGCUUUAUUGGCCGAGGGAGCUGGCAUACAGUUUCCAGGUCAUGUGGCCAGCAUGACUAAGCUGCUUCUGGCGAACCAGAGCAGUGCACGGAAAUGCCGUUUACCUUCCUGCCAGAGCGGUACCUAUUUACUUUCACUUUGACGUGCUUUCGAACUGCUAGGUUGGCAGGAGCAGGGACUGAGCAACGGGAGCUCACCCUGUCGCAGGGAUUCAAACUGCCAACCUUCUGAUCAGCAAGCUCUAGGCUCUGUGGUUUAGACCACAGCGCCACCCAUGUCACAUAAGGUGUAGCUAAUCGGUCUCAAAUGCUGAUGAUGGUAACACAGAGCAUCCUAUAGCUCAGGAAUGGGGAACCUGAGGACCUCCAGAUGAUAUUGGACUAUGCGGCCCAUCAUCCCUGAUCAAUGGUUGCACCGGCUGAGCCCCGGUUCCCCGCCCCUGCCAUUGCAGGAAGGUGGGAAAGUGUUAACUGCUCUUUGAGAGGAGGAGUGAUCAAGAAGUCACACACAGCACAUUGCACUAUGUGCAAAGAGCUCCCCUUGCUUAUGUUGCUUUAGUGAUUUGCAUAAAGAAAAAGCCAGCCAAAUACUGCUUCCGGGUUCACAUCACUGGAGGGCUGUUUUCCACCUUCACAGAUUAACUCUAGUACCCACCUGUUGCUAUUCCUUGGAAAAGACAUUUGCCCUUUGUCUAAGAAACUGGGCAAUCUGGAAAGUAUGUGUGUGUGAGAGAGAGCAUCAAUCCCUUCAGCACUGAAAUGACCCUAGUUGAAGAUACGUCUUCUGAUGACAUAAAAAUCUGUGAAUGUAGUUUAGUUUUCUAGCUGUGCUGCUGUAAGAAAACAACAGUCGCUUUCUUAUCUAAGCAGGAGGUUUUAGAACACAAGCAAGGCAGCCAUUAAGAUGAUCCUGCGGGCAGCCUGCAAGGGAAGGGGAGAGAAGAGAUGGCAAAAGAGAUUUUUUUAAUGUAUUGGGGCAGAAACAAUAUGCAAACUGAAACACAAAAUCACCAUUGGAAAUUUGCACUUCUCCAAAUUUGGCAGUGCAUUUCUUCUAUUGAGGAAUGUGUGUGCGAUAAAGUGUGCAUAGAAAUGCAUAUAUUACGUUAAAAGAGCAUACAAAAAUGCUUUAUGUUAGGGGAAAUUGUUUGCAAAAAUGUGUAUGUUAGAAGAAAUUAGCAGUAAAAUGCAGACAAAUUUUCACACAGACUUAUUUUUAAAAAAGAAUCUGCUUGCUGAUGUGCAAACUUGUGUUUAAGAGUGGAAAAAUGAGAGCCCGAGAGAAAUAAAAAUUGAUAGAUUUGCUCACCUGUCAUUUCAUAUCAUAUCCUUCCUCAUGCAGGGAAGAAUUUAAGCUUUUCUCAGUUUCUAUUGACAAUGGCUCGUGAUGUUGCCUCAUGUCUGCUCCUGAGACUUUAAUGCCAUUUCACAUUCCUGUUUCUGCUUUUUAUUUUUUUAAAUGUUUCUUUGCUGCCUCGGGAGUGUCCUAAGCAUUGUGUGUCAAAAAUGGAAUAUUAUAAAUAGUUAAAUUAUUUUUAGUGUAAAUACACAGAUUAAUAGCAAUCUCAGAGGGACCUCUCCCCAAUAUUUAAAAUCAGAGGCUAGAGGGUUCUUGUAACAUGCGAUAUCUCAUCUGAGAAAUUUCACUAGCUUUCUUUGUGACUCAGAUGGCUUUCCUCAACAUAGUUUUGGGUGUUUGAAACUGCCUUCGGAUUUCGCUUGAGUCGAAACCUGGCAAGGAGUGGAGGGACUGUGAAACACCCCCCCCCCGGGGGGAAAUUUCAUUCAUCUUAUGGAGAACCCCUCUGUUUGUGGAAGAGGCAUCCCAUUUGCUUUGAGCUGCCUUCAAAUUCCUUUUUAGGUAAACUCUGUGUCUAGGCUCUAGACUGGAGUUCAGUUGGAACAGCUGCUGUUACAGAGCCUGCCUUUAUGGAUUUAACUGUGAUCAAACAAAGCAAGGUUGUAAAUUCCAGCAGGGGAAUGCUUUGCAAAUAGGGGUGACCUUCCAGUAACUUUUAAAAAAUAUUUCCUGCUCUCGGUGGCGCUUCACCCUAAACACAGGCAUGUUGAUAGCAGGUUAUUAUUAUUUUUUUAAAAAAAUGCUGAGAGCCUGUCCCAUGGCAAAAUAGUGCGUUCUUAACAGAUUUCAGGAAUUGCAUGUUUCUUCUAUGGGAGCACGCAUCUUAUGAGUUUGGUAACAGACUAACUAACAUCUAACAUGGCCACAACUUCAACCUACACAGAUAACAGCAGAAUCAACCUGCAUUGCUAACUCUCUGCGUGCUCCGCUUGGAGAUAAAGCCUGGACUUACCUCCACCGUGUUAAGGGGAUGAAGGAAGGGGGGAGGGAAGGAGGCAAGGAAUUCCUUCUGCUUUAUAAAUGGAGAACCACCCAGCUGUGCUUUGCUUUAUUCCUUGUGUUCUCAGGUUUCCGGAGAAGGCAGUGGCAACAAUGUCCAUUUGACGGAGUCUUUCUCCCCUCCCUGUGCAGGUUGGUACAAAAAGAGAGAGCACCUUUUUUCCUCUCUCCCCACCCCCCACCUUUCCCCUCUCUCCCAAAACACAUCCCACUUCUUUUCCGGACUUCCUAAACCUGGCAUUUAAUUAGGAACCUAGCCAAUCAGAACUUUGCUAAAUGCAGAGGAGGACACACAGAGGGGGAAGCCAGCAAAGAUGUCCUCGCCCCACCUGGCAGCCUCUUCAUCUCAGUUUGGGGCUGGCCUAUAGACCCAUCCUGUUCCCAAAAGGAACUAAUGGGCCAAGUUUAGUGGCUUGCUUUCUCUCCCAUCCAUUUCUCUCUCUCUCUCUCUCUCUCUCUCUCUCUCUUUCUCUCUCUCUCUCUUCCUGUUAAUCCAGCGGGUGGUGGUGGGUUAAUCUUUUCACAUCUUACAUCAGCUCCUUCCUGGUGUGCAAGAACUCUUACUGUCAGAAAGUCCUUCCUGAUGUUUAGUCCUUGUAACUUGAAUCCCUUGGUUCGUAGCAGGAGAAAACAAGUUUGAUCCAUCCUCCACGUGGCAGCCCUUGAAGAUGGCUGUCAUAUCUCCUCUCAGUCUCCUCUUUACCCUAAGGCUACCAGAUCCCCCCCCCCAUGAAUCCAGUUUUCAACUUCAGUAGGGAUGAUAGGAUAUUGUCAGGGGACUGAUUUGUAAAUCUGGGGACGUCUGGUAACCUUACUUUACUGUUCCUCAUAAGACUUGGUUUCCAGACCCUUGAACAUCUUGGUUGCCCUCCUCUGCACACCUUCCAGCUUGUCAAUAUCCUUAAAUUGUGGCACCCAGAAUUGGGCACAGUAUUCCAGGUGUGCUUUGACCAAGGCAGAAUAGAACGGUACUAUUACUUCCUUUGAUCUGGGCACUAUACUUCUGUUGAUGCAGCCUAGAAUAGCAUCAGCUUUUUGCUUUUUGCUUUUUUUCCUGCUACUGCUGCAUUGCAUUGUUGACUCAUAUAAAGCUUGCGGCCCGCUAAGACCCCUAUAUCCUUUUCACGUGUACUAUUGACAUUCCUGGUGUCCCCCAUCUCCUAUUUAUGCAGCUGAUUCUUCCUGCCUAGUGUCGAACCUUACACUUGUCAUGCGUUCUUCAAUAAUUGUGUUAUUUUCAUGGAUUUUUUUCUUUUCUUAUUUGCUUGUUUUCAGCUGCCCUUUGGCUUGUGCAAAAGGGAGCAUAUAAAUCAUCUAAAUGAUGCAACUAACUAAAAUGACAGCUGUUUAUCCUUGCGUCCUACUGUCUUGUUCUCUCUUCUCCUUCCUCUCUUAGCCUCUUACGUAGACACAGAACUUGCCUCUUCUUCGUCUGGCUGCGUACAACCCUGGCAGUUCCAAAACUGCACUGCCUGCGAGGAGCUCCCCAGUUACUUGGAGCAGCUGGUUGAUUCCUGCCUUCAAACUGAGCUACCUUUGGAUGCUACUAUGGGGACUACCCAGGGCAACAUGCCUUGCUCUCCCGACAGCUUCCAACUAGGCCCUCCCUACCUCAACCAAAGCCUGGUAAUUGUGCUUCAGUUUUUAUGGGGUUGGGGUUCAGGAUUUUACAAAGCACCCGUAUGCUUGGGGGAUUCAUACAGCAGGAAAGUAAGAGCCACGACUGCAGGACAGAAAUUGCCGAAAGCUGUAAAUAACUUUGGGAGAAGCACAUCUGCUCUGAUGAAGCCUUGCUUUGGGCAUCUGUUAAAGCAAUUAAAGAAAGCCAGUGUGAUAGUGUGGUUAGAUCAUGGGUUGGCAAACUAAGGCCUGGGGGCUGGAUCCGGCCCAGUCACCUUCUAAAUCCGGCCCACGGUCGGUCCUGGAAUCAGUGUGUUUUUACAUGAGUAGAAUGUGUCCUUUUAUUUAAAAUGCAUCUCUGGGUUAUUUGUGGGGCAUAGUUCAUCCCCCCCCCAAAAAAAAAUAGUCCGGCCCCCCACAAGGUCUGAGGGACAGUGGACCAGCCCCUUGCUGAAAACGUUUGCUGACCCCUGGGUUAGAUUGUGUGACUAGGGAGACAUGGGUUCGAAUCCCCACUCAGCCAUGAACCUCACAUACGCCAGUCACUCUCUCUCAGCCUAACCAACCUCACAAGGUUGUUGUGAAGAUAAAACAGAGAGGGGGAGAACCGUGUUUGCCACCUUGGGCCCCUUGGAGAAGAAGAAGAGUUUGGAUUUGAUAUCCCGCUUUAUCACUACCUGAAGGAGUCUCAAAGCGGCUAACAUUCUCCUUUCCCUUCCUCCCCCACAACAAACACUCUGUGAGGUGUGUGAGGCUGAGACUUCAGAGAAGUGUGACUAGCUCAAGGUCACCCAGCAGCUGCAUGUGGAGGAGCGGGGAAGCGAACCCGGUUCACCAGAUUAUGAGUCUACCGCUCUUAACCACUACACCACACUGGCUCUCUGGUGGAAUAUAAAGAGAAUCAAUAAAUGAAGCCUGGAGCCUUAAUUAUUAUUGACUUCUUUUCCUUAGAUGCCUCCUUUUCUCUCUCCUCUCCCUUCUCCAUAGGGUCCCGGAUCCCCGGAUUCCUCUGACCCCUCCAGCUCAUUUGAUUACAGCUACUCUCCACCACAGCCUCCUCCUUUCACCCCACUCUCUUACAGCUCCCCUUCCCCUCUGGAUGCCAAGAGCUGCAUGUAUCCAUCGUCGGAAGGAAGCCCCUAUCACCAGCAGUCCCAGUUACAGUACAGCCAGGCCCCUUCUGUGUGCUGCUGUACGUCUUGCGGCUCCCAGCACUUGGACGCUUUCAGAGUACCGGAAUAUUUCCCCUACGCAAACACGGACUGCAGGGACUAUGCCCCUUCCGUCUCCGUAGCAGAUGACUUCUUCCGGAGAGAUCGGAGCUGGGAUACAUGCUACAGCUAAUGGGGGAGCGUCCGGUGGGCGGCCGCUGUUCUAAAUGCAGGAGAUCAGCAUAGACUCUGGUUGCCAUUCUGGUUGGAGGAGGGUGCAAGCAUCCCAGCUUCACAGAGUUCUUCAUCGGGUGUAAUGGAAAGGGGGGUGACAUUAUUAGACCGUUUGUUCUCUGUGCUAAAACACACACACCAGGGAAUCCACAUUCUGCAUGGAGAAAAGCUGAAUCCUGCAAGCGACUUAAUUGAUGUGGAUGUCACUUGUUUUGCCUAAUUUGCUUUGCCUCUGCUGGUUGUGGGGAGGAUCAAAGGGGCUAGGCAGGGCGCUGCCGUUGUACUCCUGGCCCACUGGGUAUCUUACUCACCAUCAUGUCUUAUUUCAUCAAACACUGCCUGUUUACUUGCAAGCACAUCUCUGUAAUCAAAAGUACUAGAAACUUUUUUUUUUUUUAAAAAAAGGCUUGAGCUAAAUUGUGCAUCCAGCAACACAUUUUGCAGUUCUUCUGUACCCGAUUGGAAUUGCGGCAUGUGCACAGCCCGUUAUUUAACACCCUGGAUUAGUGGCAUGUUUUACCCUCGCAACCUGGCGUGCUCAAUAUAUUUAAAACUUUGGUCCCCUCCAGAUGAAGGGUUCUGUGAAACGCAAAAGCUUGCAUACGCCUAUCCGUAUAAUAUAUAUUCUGUUUCCUUCAUCUCUUUCAUAAAUACAGCAUGUAUAUAUGUUUGUGCUCAGAUCAGAUAAGCCAGUAUAUUGCCUCCACGAACAUAACCCAACCUUUUCCUUCUUCUGGUGGUGUUUUCUGUGGGGUUCAUUUAAGGGUGCGCACAACGUUUUAAACCACAUCACAGCAUUUCUUUCACCAUCCUGUCAUUCUUGUAUCUUUGAUUCCAUUAAACAAACGUCAGCCAAUUUGCCGCAGAUGGGUGUGUUUUCCCCCUUUCAUUCUCGCAGCACAAACUGAUAGCUGGAGGCAUAUUUCAAUGCAUUGCGUUCACACAGAAUAAAAUAAUUGUAGAGUGGGCUGGGACCUCGGUGGCUAUCUAGUCUGACCCACUCUUCAGUGCAGAAUAUGCAAUUACAGCACCCCGACAGCUGCUUAAAUGCCUCCAGUGAAGGAGAGAGCCCAGCAUUUCCACUGUUGAACAGCUCUUGCCAUUAGGAAAUCUCUCCUAACACUUAGCUGAAAUCUACUUCCCUGUAGUUUCCAGGUUCUAGAUUUUUGUCCUGAUAAAAUUUUGAUUUUUGUUGUGGGAGAGAUACUUUCCAUUUCCAUUAAAGGCUGAGUGGGGAGGUUUAUUGGAUAUUCCAGAGUAGUCCUAUAGACAUUGUCAGUAUAUGGGUGUAAUCUAUCAUUGG